AUGUCGAUGAUGAACGAUGAGGAGGAUGAUAUAAGCAAUAAUAAUUGUUCUUCGCCAGCAACAGACAGCAUUAUCGCUUGUUUCAAGCAUCACAAUCAACGUCGCAUGACUAGGAACACAAUUCAGUCUGAUGGAAUGACUAGGUGCUAUUGCAUUGACCAUUGCAAGGUCAGAGGUUAUAUUUAUGCUGGGUUAAAGAGUGGCGAUACAUGUUCUUGUGGAAUGAGCUACACAGGACUUCCGAAAAAUGGUCAAUUUAUAGAGACCAUAAUUAGUGAUCCGACUGUUUCGUAUGAAGGCAUUACGGCAGUUCUCAGCUACGCUUCUGAUGAAGUCGAAGACCAAGACAUUAUCUAUGCAUACACAGGAGGCAAUUGGGAGCGUGACGCUGGACUAGGAGACGCUUCAGCAAUUAGUCUUCAGAUUAUGUCCGAAGAAAGUGAAAACACAGUGUUUGCGAUGGCAGUCGGAUAUGAGGAGAAAGAAAAAAACACAACCAUUUUAGUUUCAUCACAGGAGAAUGGAGACGAUGAUAGCAUAAUCAACUACAUGAUCAGUGGCAUAUUGCAUGCUGUAGCUUAUGAUUUAAAUGGAAUCGUCCAAAAGGCAAGCCUCACCUUCAGUAUGAACACCAGCAAACCGUCGUCUAUUGACAAUGGAAAGGAAGUGUGUGCAUUUUUGACAGACAAUGGUCAACUACGAAAAUCCGAGCGAGGAAUUCUACAUUUGAAUUUAGUUGUGAGCUUGCUCGCUGGACAGAUAACCUUUCUACUUGGGAUAGAUAAGACCGAAAAUGAGUUUUUAUUUCAGAAAACGUGUAAAUUUGUUGCCUUUCUUUUGCACUUCAUUUAUCUUGUGGUCUUCGCUUGGAUGUUAUUGGAAGCAGCAUAUCUUUACUACAAGAUCAUCAGUAGAGCUGUAACCCCAGUGGGUAUUAAGGUCCGCUACAUUGGCACUGGUCUGGCCUGGGGUACCCCAGUCAUCAUAGCGGGUCUUACCAUUGCGGUUGCCAAAGACGGCUACAUUAAAACAGCAUCGUGCUGGCUUAACCAUGAAAAUGGAGUUGUAUGGACAAUAGCUGCUCCAAUAAUCGUAAUUCUUAUGGUAGGUAGUAGAAGCAUGAAGGUAAGAGUUUCCGCCAGAGGUGCCCUGAUCUUGCUCCCCUUGCUUGGCUUAACCUGGAUACUAGGCUUAUUUACAAUAGUCAGUAGCGCUGCUAUAAUGCAAUACAUGUUUGUAUGCUGCAAUAGUCUACAGGGAGCCUUCAUCUUCAUCAACUUCUGUAUAGUCGAUAAAGAGGUUCGUACGACUCUCGUUGGUUUCUUCAGAAAGUACGUUAUGAAGUCAAAGAUAAACACAACAAACAGCAGCGUUAUCACAACUUCAUCAUCGAAUAACGAAACUCAACCAACGACUUCACACACUUAGAUUCCAG